UCCGCACGUUGUUUACCUUUUACUCGCAAAGGCACUAUCAAGGCAUUGAACCUUGAAAUUCCAACCAGUCCAUUCACUCCAAACCUUGAAUUCGUCUCACUACCGCCAACAUGUCCAUGUCUGUGGAAGAAUGCCAACAGCCGCGCGCCGGCUUCCCUAAGCCUGUUCCUGACACACCCGUCAACGUCAUGGAACAAUUCAGCAUGAAGGGCAAGACGAUUGUCGUGACUGGAGCAGCCGAAGGCAUCGGCGGCGCUGUAGCAGACGCAAUGGCCGAAGCAGGAGGCAACGUAGCCCUGUGGUACAACUCCAACAACAUGGCGAUCCAGCGCGCGGAGAACCUGGCCAAACAAUACGGCGUCCAGACCAAGGCCUACAGCGUCAACCAAAUCGACGCCGCCGCCGUCGAAGCCACCAUUAAGCAAGUCGUCGCAGACUUUGGCCGCAUCGACUGCUUCGUCGCCAACGCCGGCACCGGCGACAGCAAGCCGCUGCUCGAGCAAACCCUAGAAUCCUACCACAACCUCAUGCGCGUCAACGUCGACGGCCCCGUCUACUGCGCCAAAUACGCAGGCGAAGUCUUCAAAAAACAAGGCUUCGGCAACCUCAUCCUCACAUCCAGCAUCUCGGCCCACAUUGUCAACGUCCCCGUCGACCAGCCCAUUUACAACGGCACAAAAGCGUUUGUAUCGCACCUUGGCAAAUCGCUCGCGCGCGAAUGGCGCGAUUUCGCCCGCGUCAACGUCGUUAGCCCCGGUUUCUUCGAUACCAAGAUGGGCGCCGGCCCGCUCGUGAUUAACGAGGGACUACGCAUGAUUCCGCUGGGUCGCCAGGGCAAUGUGAAGGAGAUUAAAGGCUUGUUUUUGUAUCUCGCCAGUGACGCGUCGAGUUAUAUGACGGGCAGUGAUUGUAUCAUUGAUGGCGGCUAUGUGUUGCCGUAGAUGGGAAUGGGGGGAUGCAUUGCAUAGUUUGGCCAUCUAGAUGUUUCUCACACAUGUAUAUGAAUAAUGCGGUAUUUUGGACGUUGCAUGCUGAGUCCAUGGCUUCGUGUA